AUGGAGGUAUCCGUUGACAGCUCGUCGGGUCUCUCUCCCCUUCCACCCCAAUCAUAUCCCACUUCUCCGUCAGGGUCGAGAAAGCGCUCAAUCCAGGAGAUUGACGCACCAACAUCGCCAGAGAGCAGGAAGAUCUCGAAAAUAUGUGAUCAGGAAAAUCAAGACCCAUCCCUAUCUCACGUUGCAGCGUCCUGCACGCCGACGGAGCAACAUCCCCAAUCACCAUCAGCUCCCACAGCCAGCAUUGAAAUUUCGAAUCAACAGAAUGUUGCGAAUCCGACAGCGCCUGGCGGAUCGGUGUUUGUAACGGUCCCUCAGCCAAGCCCUACAGCGGAGACCACCUCAAAGAAUACACAACCAUCUACCCCUACGAAGAACACCAACACCACUACGCCGGCUGCCAAAAAGCGAAAGCUGUCACCUGCAAGCAAAGAAGCUAGACAACAGGAGAAGGAAGCAAAAGAACGGCAGAAGUUAGAAGAGAAAGCCAAGAAAGACGAGGAUAAGCGCAUAAAGGAAGAAGAGAGAAAAAAGCGCGAAGCUGAACGUGAGGAGGAACGUAAGCGAAAAGAAGAGAAGAAGCGGCUGAAGGAAGAGGAGAAGGCAGCUAAAGAGGAGGAUAAACGCAAGAAAGAGGAGGAGAAGUUGAAGAGGGAACGGGCGCAAACGAAACUGAAUGCCUUCUUUGCCAAACCCAAACCUCCAACGCAGCCACCUGAGGCUAGUUCUUCAGACUCACCCAAGAUACCGAUCGCCGAUGGUGCCUCAAACUUAACGUCUCAGAACCGUGCUCCGACUCUGUCUGACUAUCAACGAGAAUUUCCGGACUUCUUCCUACAGUCUCACACAAGAGUCGCCCCGCCGCACCGAUUCGAACGUGACUCGAAGGCUCUUUCUCACAUGCAAGAAAGGGUCGAUGCUUGCUUACAGUCCUAUCGGAAUGGGUCCGCGCAGCCUUUGUCAUUCCGCCCAUCUGAACUAUUUCGAAUCAUGCCAUACAACCGGCGGCGUGGAAGACAGGCUGCCUCCGUCAAAGAGAUUCUGCUCAAAAUGCAGAGUCUCAACGAGCAGUCCGACCCUGACUCUGCACGGCGGUCGCAAGAAUUGCUCAGACGCAUCAGAAUGAAAUCGCUAAAGUUUGGUGAAGACGUUCGACCUCCCUACCAGGGCACUUUUACCAAGACGCUUCCGGAAUCCGCUGCUCAUAAACUCAUGCGCAAUCCCUUCCACCGUGGUCUACCCGACAUCAACUACGACUAUGAUUCCGAGGCCGAGUGGGAGGAGCCGGAAGAGGGCGAAGAUCUUGACUCUGAGGAGGAGGAGGAAGGAAGUGAAGAAGGUGACGAUGACAUGGACGGGUUCCUUGACGACGAUGAGGAUAACCUGGAGGGCAAAAGACGCUUGAUAGUAGGAGAUUUGGAGCCUCUGUGUACCGGACUACGCUGGCAGGGUGAAGGCGGAGACCACGACCUGGAAAUGUACAGGAUCCAGACGAUCACGGACUCGGUUACCUUCCCUAUUGACCCGUUCUCCACGGCAUAUUGGCAGAAGCCCAAACCAGCGGAGCAACUGCCAACAGGUGGCCCGGGACGCUCCACUCUCCAUUCGUUCAUGGUCGUUCCUCCGAGCACUCAAUCCCAAACGGCUGCGCCUACUACCGAGGGAGUGACUCCGACACUCUUGACCGCAGGUGGCAAGGCGAAGCGCACAUUGACACCAGAGCAACUGGCUGAAUUCAAAGAGGUGGUGAAUGGUAGCGACCUGACGAAGACAGGUCUGAUCGAGGUUCUGAAGAAACGAUUUCCAAAAGUAUCGAAAGAUGUCCUUAAGGAGACCCUUACUCACAUGGCGACGCGUGUUGGACAGAGAGAGGCUGAGAAAAACUCUCAUCUCACUCUGGAGCGGUCGGCAGUUGCGGACGAUCCUCAAAAUCGUGAUGAGGAACAGUCUCCGAUCUCAUCAAGUUCAGUAGCAGGAUCAUGUGCUAAGGAGCAGGUUUCUGGCGCCAGAGCCAUUUCGCGAUCUCGAUUGUCCUCUUGGCUGGGUGGCCGGGGCACUGUCCAUGGCAACAUCAUGUUCGAUGCCCAACGCGAUGGUCUACCGUCAACUCUGGCCUCUUAUGUGACCUCCCUGUUACCCUUAUCGUCUCAGGCUACUUCAACAUGUAAUUCUGCGAGUCGCACGCAAGAUUCCUCCUCGGUCUCUCAGCCAUCUGCUGUUCCAACUCCCAGCAUGUCGCCCAUGCUGUUGAUCCCCGACGACGGGAGCGUUGAUCGCUCCUCCGUGUCACAGGUUGAUCUGACCAUAGGUGAGUCUGAGGACUCGGGCCGUUCCAGUUCGCAAUUCAUAACAACUCCCCUGUACUCGGAUGAUGGCCACCCAAUGGAUCAACCGCCAAUACCAACCACAAUACCAUCUGUAUCAACGGAGCCCCCCAGAGUCUCGUUUGAGGAUUUUGCGAUCCGCUAUCGCCAAAACCAGCACAAGCAAGCCCGUCGCAAAACGCUGGAAAACCGUCUUCAUGCCACCAAGAUAUCCAUUGGUAUCUCCGCGCGCUUGGUCCGCGUUGGAGGCGUUGUGCAGCGCGGCUUGGUCGAAAGUCUGAAACAUGAGGAUAAGGCGAACUUCCUUGCCUUAUAUCAUGCCCUUUUGGACCUUCAGGAUUCCCAUGAUCUGGCCAUGCGCCGCCACUUCCACCGGCAGGACCCAUUGGACGACUGGUCUUCUGUGCAGGAACCUGCUGUGGAACGUUCCCCGGAUUUUUUCCUUCAGCUCAGCCCUCAGUCAGGGUCCGAUCUUCUUGGGAUUUUGCAGUUGGUCCGGACCAACCCUCAGUUCCUGUGUGAGAGACUGUGCAGCUUGACGUCCGCACAGCUGAAUGCCUUGUUAUCUUCAUCGGCCACAUCUCUGGACUCUGGUGAUUACACAUUCCUUUCUGCGUCCCGUUCACGGAGCCAGUAUUCUCUGCCUAAACGCACUUCUGCUGCAUCCGUUCCUUUCCGAGAUCAUGCUGUCAAUUUUGAGAGAACGGACGCUCUUUCCAACUUGGUCUUCAACGUUUUUGCUGCCCCCUUGGACUCUGAUGCUCCAGAGGCUCGCUUGCGUUUGGACGUUUGGUCUUCUGUUUGCGCUGAACUUCUCACCCAAGGAGGCAAUAGGUUCUAUCCCCUCAUUGGCCACAUACUCUCAUCCUGGACCAUGGGCAGCGCCUGGAAAGCCAGGCCAAAGUUCGAGCUCUACCUCAUGGACAUCCUCCAGACCGGCGCGUUCCUCCUGGAGCAUAUAGAAACCCCAGCCGGACUGGGCUUUGAUGCGGGGUCCCUUGACCCGUUGAAAACUGACGUUGCCGAGGAAUAUUUCGCCUCUGCUGUAGAUGCACUAUUCAACCUCCUUGAUGACCCAGACGCAGGCUUUCCUCAUGCAGUGUUUCUGUUCGCCCGCGCCAUCUUACAGAAACUGGAUCAUCCGGACUGUCGUGCUCGUUUUCUAGAGUAUUUGUUUCUCCAGUGGUUCUUCCCUAAAUUUCUCUCUGGGGCUCUUGCUUAUCCUGAGACCCACGGCCUUCUUCUCGAUUUCCAUAUCAGGAAAGAUGCUAGAGAAAAGCUCCUUGGACAGGUUGCCCUUAGGGCGUAUUCGCAGGUCUUUGCUAUAUUACGCUCAAUGAAUCACUUUUCAAUGACUCGUCCAGCGGUCCGGCAACAUGUUGAGAACAUGCUUCGUCAGUUCGAGACAACGGACCCCGACAACAAGCAAUUUGCCCAGCCUUCAGCACCCAGAAGUCAUCAAGAAUCACCGUGCGCUUUUCUCAUGCUAUCUGCUGCUGACGUGCUAACCCUACUGGGCGCCCUGUUUCCCACGGCAUCAUCUCCCACCUGUAGCUCUCCCACACCCUCCUCCGGAUUAUCUACGUUGUCUCCCAGCUCCUUGCAUUAUUAUCCUGAAAGACGUACUACCGCCGUCCCAGAGCCAGGGUUCUACCGGCGUAAUCUGAAUGGUGGCUUUUCUCGGCAGUUUUCCUCAAACAAGGCAUUCUCCUCCGCGGACAUGGAUUUUUUUACGUGCUCAGAAAACCGUCUGAGUCGCAACGCUGAUCGUAUCCGCUUUGAAUUAUCUGCUUUGGUCGAGCCUGAUGGUCGUUCCGGUCUCGAGUACCCCUCCACGGAAGAAUGGGCCAUCUUCUCUGUCACCCAAGGCGGUCAUCGCCUAGUCUGGGGCUUGUUCUCUGAGGGCCAGCUCAGCGAUACAGGGAACCUGUCCGUUGAUGCCUGUCAGUCCACCACUUUGGGCAUGGAGGACAACUUUGAGGCUCUUCACACAGCGAUCAUCAAGCUCGUCCGGGAAAACCCUGCUGGAGAUCCCUCAGACUACUGCGUGGAGCGCGAGCAAAUGGCCCCAUCAGAAUCCUCUUCGCUGAAGAAAAGAUUCAAUGAGGCCAUGUCACACUGCCAUCACACUUCUGAUUUUAUUGGUGCCCAUUAUUGGUGGAACGCUAGUCGCCAGCUUCUUCGCAGUGUCGCCGGCUUACCCUCUCGCCUUGGCGAUGACUCUUGGAUCCUGGAACCUAUGCACACAACGUGUUCACGCUCGCUCCAGGUAGCUCACUCCGUGAUCGAGCGCUGCGAAACCGACUUUGUGGCACUCGAUCGCAGUUUGCGGCAACUACAGGGAACUGUGAAAGAGACGAUCAAAACAAUUACGAAGUUGCGGAACAAGAUGUGGUACAUGACCGACGUCAAGAACUCGAUGCGGUACGAGGACGCAAGGAAUGUGGCACUGGCACUGAAGACGAUGGUCUACUCCGCUCGUCUUUAUCAGCCCAUCCCUACCAACGAGCGUCGAACGCGCAGCAGCUCUCGCACAUCGGGAGGAUCCGUUCUGCAAAAGCCAGAGUUGCAGGUCAUGAACGUCAUGAAAGCGCCAAGCAGCCAAGGCGGCCCGAAUAAGCUGUCUGAUGAGCAGGUCGAGUUGACACGGAAAUGGCUGGCACAGAACAAUAUCGACAAUUUUUGCAAGGGUGAAGAGCGGAUCCACCGCUUCUGCUACGAAGUCAAAGUUAGUAUCAACCGACUUGUCGGAGAUACAAUGGCCGAAGCCCCUGUCCUCUGGGCCAGCGAAUUGUUCCAAAAGGAGCGAGUCAAGUUCGAAGGGUCCAGCAACCGAAGCUUCCUUGGCCUUUCCUCGUCGAGUUUGCGCCCAGUGAGCACUACUUGUGAAGAGCCGUCAUUUCCUUCCCAAUCCUAUGGCGGCAGUCUCCGCUCGUCCGAUUCCCUUUGCAGGUACACUCAAGACCUGCCGCCGCUGAAUCGCAAAUCGUCCUUCCAAAGCUCGAUUUCUGGUAAGUGGAGGAUUCCCCGAGAACCCUCCGCCGCUGACGGGCUUUCGAUUGGAGACUCGCCUUCCAAGGCAGCCUCCACAUCAACGGGUGACACAUACAGUACGUUUUGGUCUGUACCACACCAGAAUGCGCCCUAUGCGGCAAGUGCGUCGAGUUUCUACUCCCGUCCACCGUCGAUGCUGAGUGAGGGCGUUGCUCAGCCGGCUCGCCAGAAGGAUUGUAAGGGUCAAGGCAAAGUCACUUUCCUGGAUGAAUUAAAACAGGCCUUGACCAGUUUACUUCUGAGUGAUCUGGGUUCACCCGUCUGGAGCUGUGGGAGCGAAACAGAUGCCUGGUUUGGAAACGCCUUGGACCAAGAGCGAAUCCGUGUACAAAUGAAGAAGCGGGAGAAGAUCCAGCGCUUCUACGCAGAGUGCAAUGCACGCACAGUCCGCCAAACAAUCAGCUGCUCCCAAUCCAGAGGCCGAAGAAGCAGGUCGCUGGGGCCUCCCGUGUCUGGCCGGGCUCCAGAGUCUGACGAAACGUCCUCAGGGCCCAUGUUCGAGAGUGCUCAAGCGGCUGAAGAUCAAUCUCCAUUUUCGUACGGAGCUGUUUUCCGACAAUUGAUCGAGAUCUUUUCGCGCCACGGGAACCCAUUCGUCAAGCUAAACGCAUUGCGGGAUUUGAGAGCAUUGGUCAUUGCGUCCUUGAACUUGGAUAAUGAUGACAAGACCUAUGCGCAUGCUGAUCAGGAACAUGCGCACUCGAGGGAACGCGGGCUCCAUGGCAAACGAGCUGCUCGGUAUAGCUUCUCAGAAUCACGAACCCUCCGUAAAGCCGAGAAGGACUUCCUGCAAACUCCGACGUCUCCAGCGGCCGAAUCUGUCACUUUUGACUCUCGACCUUCGGAAUACUCCGCACCUACGGAGAACCAGAUUGUGGAUGCGCUGCGUAGCCUUCUCUUAGAAGUGAAGCCCAAGACUCUUUUCCGCGAUCUCCAAUUUAUUUCAGCUUUCGUUCCCAGCGAGACACUAAACAAGACCGACAGUGGAACCGCAUUCUUGCAGUUUGGCUUGGCAGCGUUAAGUCUCAAGGAAGAGGUCUGCAACAGCAUGGUCGAGAUCGCCGACAGGAUUGUCUCUCAGGAACUGAGCCGACGCCAUCAGCCUCCACCCUUCGGCUUCGACGCCAGACCGAGCCACGCUAUUGAGGAUGCCGCCGGGAUGUGGAUCAUCACUGCAAAAGAAGGAAAUCCUGUCGCCCAGCGGGAGCUGGCGAUUCUCUAUUUAACCCAUCCGGAGCUUCUCCCUCGUGUCACGCUGCCACUUACUUCUCCCAGAGAUACAUUCAAGGCUGAGAUGAUGUACCGCCGUGACAAGGACAGCAAAUCCGAUCCGCAGAGCAUGUGUCUGGCGCUGCACUGGAUGCAGUUGUCAGCCAACGGAGGCGACCAACUUGCGCGGAACAGGCUUCGCGAACGCGAGGAGUUUGAUUCCAUCGCUUGA